UCGUGGCGGCGCUUUCAGUUUACAGGCUGGAGCCGUAGCGUGCGGUUGGCCUGUACGGUUUUGUACGAAGUGCGUGUCGUUUCGUCGAAGAGAAGAGAAAAUACCAGCAAAAUAGUCGAUCGAAGACGAAUAGUUUUCGAUCUUCGUUCGUUCAACGUGACAAGAGAGACGAGAAAUGUAACACAGUGUGAAAAAAAUUUUUCUCCGUUUCCUAUUUAAAAGAAAAUAUCGGAGUCCGGCACAUCGAGCGGUCCCUGCUCCGACGGACGCGUUCUUUCUCUCUUUUGUCGACAGAAACAAGCACGUACUUUUUACCGCGAGUACCGGUUGAAUGAGACCUGUCGAUCGCGAUCGGUGACUAGUGCGACAUCCGCUCCGUCAAGCGAAAUCGGUGGCGCCUUUCGAAGCAUCGCGAUCAGUGACAUUAGCGUGAAAGACUGGAGUGACGCGCGAAUAAACAGAUCGCGAACGGCUGUCUAUCACUGACUCGCGACCGCCGAGUUUAUCGGCUCUGGUUGUAGAAGGACGUAAUCGGGGAUCUCGUAAAGUGAGUGAGUGACAGUGGCGGAAGUGUGUGAUCGCCAGGGCGGCGAAAGAUAAGAGGGAAGUUCUUAACGACGCUGUACGUGGCAAGAGAGGGUCACCGUUUUCCGAGAGACAACGCUCGUUAAAAUCGGAACGAACUCCGAGACGAACCUCGCUGCCGAUAAGCUUUUCUAAGUGAUGUUUUGAGCGGUACCGCGCACGGAAAUAUGAAGACUGCGGUCGGUUCGUUUCUCUUUCUCUUUCUCAUCAUCGGCGGUGUCGUAUGCGUCGAUUGGAAGCACAGCGCCGUUCUGGACAACAAUUUCUUGGUGCUCUGGACGCCCGAUGAGAGGGAGGUCACAUUCGAGGUCCAAGUGAAGACCCUCGGUUAUGUCGGACUCGGUUUCACGAGGGACGACGACCAUACCGGGGCUGACAUGGUCAUCGGUUGGGUCGAUAACAACGGCCAGGUCCACCUUCAGGAUCGGCACGUGAAGGGCGCCAGCAGAGUUCCGGAGAUGGAUUCGAGCCAGGACUACCGGCUGUUACUGGGUUACGAGAACAAGACGCACACAGUUCUACGUUUCAGCAGACGAUACGACACAUGUGACCCGCGGGACCUGAAGAUCACGAACGACACGAUGCAAGUGGUUUGGCAAUAUCACGUGGAGGAGCCGGUAUCGGCGGCCGGAAUUUUACCCGAUCACGGCGCGGUACGGGGAUCGAGGCCCUUGUACUUGGUACAGCGAGACGCGCAACCUAGAAGAAACUCGCGCAAUCAAGAAUCGGAGCCGCAGCUGAAGAGCUGGGAUAUUUUAAACAAGCAGGUUCGUUUACCCAUGGGGCAAGACACGCUGCUCUGGUGCCGUGUCCUGGAGAUGCCGAGCAUUAAUCACAAACACCACGUCGUGAAGUACGAACCAGUUAUUCAGCCGGGAAGCCACCAAUACCUGCACCAUAUGACCCUGUACGAGUGCCGCGGAGAUCAAACCGCAUUGGAAUCCGCGGCCGAAACGACCGGGAGUGUGUGCUACGACGAUUCUGAUAAACCCGCAUUCCAGUGCAACACGAUUGCGGCCACUUGGAGCCUCGGUUCUGAGGGCUUUAAUUAUCCGCCGGAGGCCGGAUACGCGCUCAAUCCGCACAAGGGGCCGCGCUACUACAUGCUGGAGACUCACUACAUGAACCCGCAGAUGGACGCCUUCAUCAGCGACAGCAGCGGGCUGCGUCUCCUCUACACAGAUCGGUUGCGCGCACACGACGCUGGCAUCCUCAGCGUCGGCAUCGACCCAAACUGGCGGCACAUUAUACCGCCGGGGCAGCGCGAGGUGGUCUCCGAGGGCCACUGCAUCUCUGAUUGCACCGACCAGACGAUACCAAACAGCGGCAUCAAUAUGUUUGCCGUGAUCAUGCACACCCACCAGCUCGGCAGAAAGGUUCGCCUCCGGCAGAUCCGCGCUGGCGAGGAGAUGCCGCCUAUCGCUGCCGACACCAACUACGAUCCUAAUUAUCAGGAGUAUCGCAAGCUUCAGAGGCCAGUCAAGGUGUAUCCGGGUGAUCAUUUGGUCGCUGAAUGCACAUACUCGUCCGAAUCCCGCCAAGCCAUCACGCUCGGCGGCUUGGCAACGAAAGAAGAAACCUGUCUGGUGUCUGCUCUCUAUUAUCCCCGCAUCGAUUUAUCCCUGUGCUAUUCCUUACCUUCGCUACCGACGGUGCUGCACAGCUUGGGAAUUCAGAAAUUAGUGCCGAGUUCUAGUCCGGUGAGAAUUCAAGAGCCGCAAAAACUGGCGGGCAUGACGCUGGAGGACCGAUUGGUCAGUUACGACUGGCAAUCGAACUUCGAGAGCUUCCAAGAAGCCACUCGCAGCGGUACGUUCAAGCCGUUAUGCGGCGGCAGCAAAGGCGCCUUGCCCGGCACGGACAGCCUCGAAGUGCAUUAUCCGCGCAUUCUCAGACCUUACGAGGAGGUGAACGUGCCCUGCACGAAGAAGCCGCUGCGGAACAAGCUGUCGAUGAUAUUGGACGACGACAUCGCCGCGCCGGAUCCCGACAGCGACGAGUCCAACGCGAUCGAGCGGGGUCAUCUGGUGCGCAGCAAAGUAUCACGCAGCAGCGACGCCGGGCCUACGGCCGGCAGUUCCUGCGGGCGUACGGUUUCCGCGGCUGUGAUUCUGGCCGCCGUCACCAUCGUCGCGGGCGCCGCGUUCAGGUGAACGUCACCAUAGCUCGGCCAAUUCUUCAAGUUCUCUCGGAUCGUUCUGGUGACUGUCCAUCGCGAUCAAACGUUCGUGACGGACCGAGCAGCAACAGCGGCGGCAGCAGCUGGAGCUGAAGUGUGUGUGUAAACGUGCGUGUGCUCGCGUAAGUACAUAUAGGUACAUGCCAAUCUCAGCAACGCAAAACUUAGCCUUAGAUAGGCACUAUCGUUCUCCGACCGAGCGCGCCCGAGAUUGGUCGAGAGAUUCGAUCGUGGAUUUUUUUUUUUUGUCCUUUCGGAGCGAUGCGGAGUGAUUUUUCUGACGAUACGACUGACAGCUGGCGAGAUUCCUUUCGAAUAUCGCGUGAUUUUAUUCGAUAAUGAAAUUUACAAUCGCCGUACUGUUUUUUUGUUAUAUCGACACCAAAACGGUGAAACGUUCCACCGGUUGGCGGUAAAACGAUUGAAUUUAAUUGAUAAUAUGUGUAAUUUGCAAGUGGUGUAAGGAGAGGGAAUUUACUGAAAACAGAUUUGUGAAACUGAUAUAACGCGUAAGUUUACACUUUUGCAUUUCAUGAAAUGUAUUGUGUUUCACAAGACUGCAACAAUUCGUACAAAAAAAAAAAAAAAAAAAAAAA